GAUAGAGCUGAGAUCGAAGAAAAGCUAUCCGGGUUGGCACAGAUGCGGUAUGUUCCAGCCCGAAUCCAACUGGAACCCCUACGGAGACGGAGCGCUAUAAGAUAGCAAGAUGAAGACUGACGCAAACAACAGUCUGCUUCUCGUCGAAUGCAAAUUGACUGAUGCUGAGCAAGACAGCAAGGCGACUAAACAAGUGCUUGACAAAGCUCGCAUUCAACUUGAAGAGUCUAAACGGCUAUUUCUCACUCAGCUUAGGAACGAACCCAAGGAGCGGCGAAGGCGAACAUUGGAUGCGAUCAAGAGCGAAUCUGGCGAAAGAGAACGAGCAGCUUGGGAAGAGAUUGAGGAUGUGAUUAGGAGGCUUGACGUAGAAGAUGUGCAGAGGCGAAGUAUGCGCAGUUUUGUUGAGGGCGUCUGACAAUGAUUGUGUGUAGUGAAAGCUUGAGUAUUCGAUUGCGUUUGGCAUACCAUCAAGUAUAGUGACCAAAUGGUAGUGAAUCACACCUCUCG